AUGCAGUAUGCCAUACACAUUGAUGAGAAAUGGUUUUAUCUUAACCUAGAUAAGAGGAGAUUCUAUCUACUACCUAGUGAGGAAGAUCCCUAUAUGGCUCAACAAUCAAGAAGAUUCAAAUUAAAAGCUAUGUUCAUGGCCAUUAUUGGGAAGCCUCUGUGUGGGAGAAAUGGGAAACUCCUACAUGAUGGGAAGUAUGGGAUAUUCCCAUUCACACAACAAGAAAGGGAAAAGAAGUCAAGUAAAAACAGAGCAGCUGGCACAUUAGUCACUAAAGCACUUCAAAAUGUGAACAGAGAUGCAAUAAGACACAUGUUACUAAACAAGGUCAUACCAGAAAUAGUGUUAAAAUGGCCAAAAAGUUUGCCCAAAAAUGUGGUCAUACAGUGGGAUAAUGCAAGGCCACAUCAAAUACCAAGAGAUGAAGAGUUCAUUUCAGCAACACAAGCACAUAGAUUCAACAUUCAGUUUGUGUUCCAACCAGCACAAUCACCAGAUUUGAAUGUAUUGGAUUUAGGUCUAUUCAGAUCAAUUCAAUCUUUGCAAUAUCAGUCUUUUCCUAAGAAAGUAGAUGAGCUUGUUAAAAAGGUUAUUGAGUCUUAA